AUGGCCCUUCGCAUACCGACUCUACGGCACGCGCUCCGUCAGCCUCUGCCCAACCCGAGACUGUGUCAGCGCCGCUGGGCCCAGGUCCAGGACGUCCGCUUUCUUGCAACUCACAGUGCGGAAGAAAGGAUCUUGUCCAAGUACAAGGACAAGCUCGCCUCCAAGGCACAGAAGGAGGGGGUGAAGGACAUCGCCGAGCUGAAGGAAAAGCAUCGAGAGAAGAUUGAGGAGCUGAGGAAAGCCGCUAUCGUUCCUGGCGCAACAGGGCCUUUGACACCACCGCCUUCGCCAUCACCAUCUGGCUCCUCGCCAUCAUCGCCUUCGUCUACAUCCACCGUAUCAUCCUCGCCAUGGCCUUCUCCGCCUCCUCCGCCAAAGCCUCGAGACCCUAAAGCGCCACCGCCAGGCAUCAAGACACUCGCUUCUUUCCUCGAUGUCUCCAAGAUUAGCUCGCUGCCCGAGAAAGAGAUUCAGACUCUCUGGAGACUGCGCCACGCCUCGAACCCGCAGAGCAUACACUUUUCCGUCCCUGCUAGCACGUUUUCUUCGCUGCUCCAAACAGCGAAGCAGCACCCUGCAUUUGUGCUACCGGUACCGCGAGAGAUUCCUGUCGAGCAACAAGAAGGCGGGCAAGCCAAUGGUCAAACACAGCAAGCUGCUGAGCUACACUACCUCCAAUUCGCACACCCGCAUGUGGAUACGACGACAUUACUCUUCACAUCGCUUGCCGAGUUCAAGCUACGAGGCGAAUUCGCCAGCCCGCACACAACCAUAACAUUCCAUCAAGAGCUGGCAGAUAGUCACAACCUGGUUCUUGGCCAGGGCCUCGUAAUGGAGGACAGGGGUAUUAAGGUGGAUGAGGCGAGGUGGUUGGUCAUGUGCAUGCAGAAGUUUUACGUACAGAGUGAGGAAGGCAGAGGAAGAGGUGAACUGCUCAAGCAAUUCACGUCAGGCGAUGCAGGGUUUAAAGUCGAGAGGCUGAUUGACGAAGCUGAGAAGGUCUUGUGA